GAGAAGUCCCAGUAGUCGAACAGCAGCUGGAAAAAAGUCGCAGGUUUAGCGCAAAUUCUUCUAUCAGAGAUGAAACAAGUCGAACAAACGAUAUCAUUGGAAGCUCACCUCUGGCUCUUACUGAGUCUCUUGAUUCAACACCAGAAGGUGAACAACAUUUAGUGACUAUGAAGAGGAAAGCUAUAGAAUCAAGAUCUGCUACUUGGCCGCAUUAUGAUAAGCUCAUAGAAGAUGGAAUUAAUAAAGCAAAGUGCAAGCAUUGUGGUAAAGUUCUCUUAGCUGAUUCAACUAAAAAUGGAAAAAAUGGACUGAAUAAACAUUUGAAAACUUUUCCUAAAAAUCCAAAUAAGGUUAACAAUUUCAAUUUCAAUUACAAACAAUCAAAUUUAAACUUUCCAUUAGAAGGUGAAAUACGUGAUGGGGCAAUUUGGACUUUUGAUCAAGAGGUAUCUCGGAGGGCUUUAGUUGAGAUGUUAAUCCUUGAUAAGCUUCCUUUUUGUUUUGUUGAAAAGGAAGGUUUUAAGAAGUUUAUGAAAGAAAUCCAACCUUUAUUUCGAGUUCCAACCCGUAGAAUAGUGACUAGGGAUUGUUAUGUAGUUUUUGGUGAAGAGAGACAAAAGUUUAUGAAGUAUUUGAAAGAAACAUCACCGAGAGUUUGUCUAACCACAUAAACAUGGACUUAUAUACAGAGAAUAAAUUGUAUUUGACAGUACACUUUAUUGAUAGUGAUUGGCUCUUGCAUAAAUGAAUUUUAAACUUUCAGGUUGUUACUAGUCAUAAGGGUGACGAAAUGGCCCAUUGUAUUAGUAAGUGUUUGCUUGAUUGGAAAUAGGAGAAAAUAAUCACUAUAACUGUAGAUAAUGCUUCUUCUAAUGAUGUCAUGGUGAAAAUUUGUGGAAUGUUGUGAACUAAAAAAUAUAGACAGUAAGAAGUUAUUAUGUUUAGAUGUUUCAACCCGAUGGAAUUCGACCUACUUGAUGUUGGAUGCCGCACAAUAUUUUGAGAGUGCAUUUGACAGGUUUGAUCUUGAAGAUGGUGUAUUGUCAACUUAUCUUGCUAAUCAUAUUUGUGAAGAUGGAAGUGUUGCAGGUAUACUUGAAAGUGAUGAUUGGCAAAAAGUGAGAAAUAUGGUAAUAUUUCUUAAAAGAUUUUAUGAUCUAACUGAGAAGGUUUCAGGUUCACUCUAUGUCACUUCUAAUGGUCACUUUGAAGAUAUAGUUGAGCUUCACAAACAUUUAAGAGAGUGUAUGUAAGAACUCUCCCACGGUGAUAUAAUAUCUUUUCAAGAAAAUGAUACGAAAACCCGCGGUGAAGAGGAAACAGCAUUUUUCCAAAAUUCCGGGGAAAAUGGAGAUUCUCAAUGCAGCAUGCGCUGAAAUCCGCCUAGCUACUUACUACUCUACUUAACUUAAAAUCCAAAAUGAAAUGGCAUUCAAAUUGCACGUUAAGAAGACCCAAGCCUACAUGCACGGGCCCAUCCCACAAAGUCCUACAAAUUCAGACUCGGGCCUGAUAAGCAAAUCGCGCUCAAGUGGUGGAUGACGAAAUAUCUAAUCCUCGUUUUCCCUGUCAAUGAUCCUUAUUUGGAAAAAAUGGGAGAAAAAAUGAAAGAAAAAUUUGUCAAGUAUUGGGGUGCUCCUGAAAAAAUGAAUAAAGUGCUUUUUAUUGCCUCUAUCUUAGAUCUUCGUAACAAACUUGAGUAUGUUGGCGACACACUUGAGGAUAUGUUUGGAGAUAAAAAGGGGAGUGAAAUAAAAUAUGAAAUGGUGAUUUAUAUGAAAUCUCUGUUUGAAGAGUAUGUAGCAAAAUUCUCUAAUGCAUCUUGAUGCUCAUCUUCUCUCUCUUAUUUAUCAGGUCAGACAUUGGAUUUAUCUAUCUCUAACACUAGCACAAAAUCAACAAAAGUGAGAAAUAGGAUCUAAAUGAAGAGUAACAAACAAGAUGGUACAAGUUUGGGUGGUAAGUCGGAGUUGGAAAAGUAUCUUACUGAAGAACAAGAGUCGAAUGAUGAUGAUGACAAUUUUGAUAUCUUGUCGUGGUGGAAAGUUUAUUCUUCUAGAUAUAAAAUUCUUUUCAAGAUGGCUCGUGAUGUGUUGGCAAUUCCAAUUUCUAGUGUGGCAUCAGAAUGUCCCUUUAGCACCGAGGGCCAUAUUUUUGAUUCAUUUAGGAGUUCUUUGACUCCGAAAUUGGUGCAAGUUGUUAUUUGUCUUCAAAAUUAGUGUCAAAAUGAGCC